AUGGAGAUGAAGAAGCCUCACGCGGUGAUCGUGCCGUUGCCGACGCAGGGGCACGUCACGCCCAUGCUGAAGCUGGCCAAGCUUCUUCACUGCAAGGGCUUCCACAUCACCUUCGUCAACACCGAGUACAACCACCGGCGCCUGGUCCGCUCCCGCGGCGACGCAGCCGUGGAGGGCCUCCCGGACUUCCGCUUCGCCACCAUCCCCGACGGCCUGCCGCCAUGGGACGCGGAUGCCACGCAGGACAUACCCUCCCUGUGCUACUCCACGAUGACCACCUGCCUUCCCCCCUUGAAGAGGCUGCUCGGGGAGCUCAACAGGGUUGGGCCGCCGGUGACGUGCGUGGUGGCGGACAACGUGAUGAGCUUCAGCGUGGACGCGGCGGCGGAGAUCGGGGUGCCGUGCGUCCUCUUCUGGACCGCCAGCGCCUGCGGCUACAUUGGCUACCGCAACUUCCGGUUCCUCAUGCAAGAGGGCAUCGCUCCCCUCAAAGAUGAAGCGCAGCUGAGCAACGGGUACCUGGACACGCCGGUGGCGCAGGCUCCCGGGAUGAGCCGGCACAUGCGCCUCCGGGACUUCCCUUCCUUCAUCUGCACCACCGACCGCGACGACGUGAUGCUCAACUUCUUGCUGCACCACUCGGAGCAGGCGGGCCGCGCGGCCGCCGUCAUCGUCAACACCCUGGACGAGCUUGAGCAGCCGGCGCUGGACGCCAUGCGCGCCAUGCUCCCGCGCGUCUACACCAUUGGCCCGCUCAACCUCCUCGCGGACAAGGGCGAAGCCGGCCCGCUCGCCCGGAUACGCGCCAGCCUCUGGAGGGAGGACCGCUCCUGCCUAGAGUGGCUCGACGGCAGGGAGCCCCGGUCGGUGGUGUACGUCAACUUCGGGAGCAUCACCACCAUGUCCAGCGAGGAGCUGGUGGAGUUCGCGUGGGGCCUGGCCAACUGCGGCCACCCCUUCCUGUGGAUCGUGAGGAAUGACCUGCUGGCCAAGGGCGCCGCCGUGCGGCUGCCUCCCGAGUUCCUGGAGGCCACCAAGGGGAGGUGCCUCCUGGCGAGCUGGUGCGAGCAGGAGGCGGUGUUGCGGCACCAGGCCGUCGGCGUCUUCCUCACCCACAGCGGGUGGAACUCGGCCCUGGUGUCCAUCAGCGCCGGGGUGCCCAUGCUCUGCUGGCCCUUCUUCGCCGAGCAGCAGACCAACGCCCGCUACGCGUGUGUCGAGUGGGGCGUCGGCAUGGAGGUCGGCGACGACGUGCGCCGCGAUGAGGUGGAGGCCAGGAUAAGGGAGGUGAUGGGAGGCGAGGGAGCUGGGAGGGAGAUGAAGCGCAGGGCGGCCGAGUGGGAGGAGAUGUGUGUCCGUGCAACCGCGCAGCCGGGUGGCAGGUCCAUGGCCAACCUUGACAGCCUCAUCAAGGAUGUGCUGCUCACCGCAACACCAACAAACUAA